AUGAGCAAUGCGAAGGAGAGUAUUUUCGCCAAAAUCGACGCUUUUAUGGCCGACGAGUUCACGUCGAACUCGAACUUCGGCUUCAAGAUGGUGGGCCAUCUGCGGCCGGCCACGGCGAAACCGGCCAAAGCGGGGCCGGGCAUAGACACGCUGGCCGAGGUGCUGAUGGCGGAGAGGAGGAAGCAGAAGCCGGACCGGCAGUACCGAACCUAUGAAGAACUGCAGAAGGCGAUAGAAACGCGCAUCAGAAACAAGGACUACUUCGACUUGGUGACGCGGGAGAAGGUGAAGCGCACCGGCCUGAUGGAGCGGGCGGAGCGUGAGCGAAUCCUCCUCUUGACCGAGACUUUCUCGUCAGUCGAGUCGGACGAAGAGGACCAAGAGUUGCUGCGACUCGACUUCACCGAGUCCAUUCUCUUCAGUCAGACCAACCAGUUUCCCGGACAGACCUAUUGGUACAUUGUCAAACUGUUGCACUAUCUGCGAAUUUGCAACUCCAACGGCAGCCUCAUCUGUCUGUUGGCGUUGCAACACUUUCUGCCGAAGACCAACGAAAUCGUGCAAGCCUUCGAGGACUCCAAAGGUGUCAGUCUACUGCUCAACCUUCUUUCGGCCGACGAGUUUCCCAUUCGCAUCGCCUCCAUGAUUGUCCUCUUCAAUCUCACCCGAGCCGCCUAUUUCAUUCGAGUCAUCACAUUCUUCGACUCCAUCCCCAGUCUGGUCGGCAAUCUGCGCGAGAACGAGCCCGAGAUACGUCGUUACGCCUGCCUGAUUUUGGCCAAUCUCUGCCUCUUUCACGAGGCCCGACGGAAACUGCGUGAGCACUGGGGCCUGCACAUGUUGCUAUGCCUUUUGGACGAGUUGACCGGGCAAGUGGUCGCCAACGCCGAGUCAGAGAAGACUCGCGUCAAGAAUUGGGCCAUCUCGAGGACCAACAGCAGUCAACAGAACGGCAUUCACGCCCAUUGGAGGUGCCCCAGUGACGCCAAAGAGGCCUCG